AUGCCGAGGAAACGUCCACGGUUCAACUUUGGAAAUGAUCAUGCAGACCAUGGACUCUGGACUAGGUGUGUUCCUCUAAGUACGUCCACGAACCAGCAGAAGCCAGAUAUGCCAGAAGUCUACAUCGGUGGCGUACUCCUUAUUUUGCUGAUAGGUGCUCGUGGAUUGAGAUUGCCAGUCAAUGAGACGGCUAACUCAACUCCAGGCUCUGUGGGCUUGACCGGCAAUACGGGAGGCAACUCUGGCACUUCCAAGUCUAUUGAUCAG